AUGCCAACUAUUAAGUGCGUUGUUGUCGGUGACGGUGCUGUUGGUAAGACCUGCUUGCUGAUUUCUUACACGACAAACAAAUUCCCAAGUGACUAUGUUCCUACAGUCUUUGAUAAUUAUGCUGUUACUGUCAUGAUUGGCGAUGAACCUUAUACUCUUGGCUUAUUUGAUACAGCUGGUCAAGAGGAUUACGAUCGCUUGCGUCCUUUGUCGUAUCCUCAAACUGAUGUUUUCUUGGUUUGCUUUAGUGUCACAUCUCCUGCCAGUUUUGAAAACGUCAAAGAAAAGUGGUUUCCCGAAGUACAUCAUCAUUGCCCCGGUGUUCCCUGCUUGAUUGUCGGUACUCAAAUUGAUUUGCGUGAUGACCCAUCUGUCCAGCAAAAGUUGGCUCGUCAACAUAAACACACACUCACUCAUGAGCAAGGUGAGCGUUUGGCUCGUGAAUUAGGUGCUGUUAAAUACGUUGAAUGCUCUGCUUUAACACAAAGAGGGUUGAAAAACGUGUUUGAUGAAGCUAUUGUGGCAGCUCUAGAUCCUCCUGUUCCUCACAAGAAAAAAACGAAAUGCCUUAUUAUGUAA